CACGGGUAUAAAUAUUUCUUCGGAGGCAGAAAGCCAAAGUAAACCUGGUAGAGCAAGAAAACACUAGUGCAUCUCUGAGUGGUGUUUUUUUGGAGGGAAGAUGAGCCUUAAGUCUGAACGCAGAGGGAUUCACGUGGACCAGUCGGAGCUCCUGUGCAAGAAAGGAUGUGGUUAUUACGGCAACUCGGCCUGGCAGGGCUUCUGCUCCAAGUGCUGGAGAGAAGAGUAUCAGAAGGCCCGGCAGCGGCAGAUUCAGGAGGAUUGGGAGCUAGCUGAACGGCUCCAGAGGGAGGAAGAAGAAGCCUUUGCCAGCAGUCAGAGCAGCCAAGGGGCCCAGGCCCUCACCUUUUCCAAAUUUGAGGGAAAGAAAACCAACGAGAAGAGCCGCAAGGUGACCACAGUGAAGAAGUUCUUCAGCACCUCCUCCCGAGGCGGCCCCAAGAAAGAGAUUCAAGAGGCCAAAGCCGCGAGCCCUUCCAUAAACCGGCAGGCCAGCCUGGAGACAGACAGGGUGUCCAAGGAGUUCAUAGAAUUUCUCAAGACCUUCCACAAAACAGGCCAGGAGAUCUACAAGCAGACCAAAAGCUUUUUGGAAGUCAUGUAUCACAAAAGGGAGCUGAGUAUCGAGGAGCAGUCGGAAUGCAUGCAGGACUUUUACCAGAAUGUGGCCGAGAGGCUGCAGACCCGGGGGAAAGUGCCCCCAGAGAAGAUGGAGAAGGUAAUGGAUCAGAUCGAGAAGUACGUCAUGACACGCCUGUACAAGUAUGUGUUUUGUCCGGAAACCACCGACGAUGAGAAGAAGGAUCUGGCCGUUCAGAAGCGGAUCAGAGCCUUGCACUGGGUUACUCCACAAAUGCUUUGUGUCCCUGUUAAUGAAGAAAUCCCAGAAGUCUCUGAUAUGGUAGUAAAAGCCAUUACAGACAUUAUUGAGAUGGAUUCCAAGCGUGUCCCCCGAGACAAGCUGGCCUGCAUCACCAAAUGCAGCAAACACAUCUUCAAUGCUAUUAAGAUCACCAAGAAUGAGCCAGCAUCUGCCGACGACUUCUUACCUACCCUCAUCUACAUUGUUCUGAAGGGCAACCCGCCACGCCUUCAAUCCAACAUCCAGUAUAUCACUCGUUUCUGUAAUCCAAGCCGAUUGAUGACCGGGGAGGACGGCUACUACUUUACCAACUUGUGCUGUGCAGUGGCUUUCAUUGAGAAACUGGAUGCUCAGUCCUUGAAUUUAAGUCAGGAGGACUUUGAUCGCUACAUGUCGGGCCAGACCUCUCCCAAGAAGCAAGAGUCUGAGCCCUGGGCUCCCGAUGCCUGCCUUGGGGUGAGACAGAUGUAUAAGAACUUAGAUCUCCUCUCUCAGCUGAAUGAGCGACAAGAAAGGCUCAUGAGCCAGGCCAAGAAGCUGGAAAAAGACCUCAUCGACUGGACUGAUGGAAUUGCAAAGGAGGUUCAGGAUAUUGUGGAGAAAUAUCCCCUGGACCUCAAGCCCCCAAGCCAACCUUUAGCAGCCAUUGACUCAGAGAAUGUCGAAAAUGACAAACUGCCCCCGCCUCUGCAGCCGCAGGUCUAUGCAGGAUGAUGCCCCUUUACCCGGGAAGUGUUGGCUGGGACCUAGACCCAAGUUAGGUUGUACGACUCACUUCCUGCUGAUUGGAAGCCAGCAGAGAAGGAAGGACAUACUUAGGAGGGUUAAGGAAGUACAUUUUUCAAGGUACAGUUGGGGGGGCAGGUUAAUGUGUAAUAAAUACUAUUUAUUUUAGUUAUUAAAGUAGGUUCUUAUGAGGCUUUUGUGUAUUUUUUUAACUGAACCUGCCUUUUCUACACAAAGCCGUUGUCAUUUUUAAGAAACACUAGCAUCAUUAACAGAUUUUUCUUACUGCUUCCUCCCAGGCAUGCACUAUGAUUUGGUUUUGGUUAAAUCAUUACUUUAAAUGUAAGAGGACUAGGGCAAGGUCACAUGUGUUCAAGAGAGAACCUAAUGGUACUACUGUGUCCCCAUGUUUGAGAUUAUUUUGUAAUUACAAAGAUGGAAAAUAUAUUGAUGAGUAAAUAUGUAGAACUGUAAAUAUGUAAAGAAAAUUGGUACUUCUGCUGUGCAUGGCAACGUGUGAGUUUCUGUUCUUCGUGCAAAGUGAUGGAUGACUGUCUGGCUUUUUAACACCCACCGAUCACUUUUUGUUCAGCUCUCUUCAGUGAGCCUGGCAGAACUGAGAUGUCCAGGUGUCCAAGACUGGCUUGUUUUUGUAGCACGCUGCGUGUGCUAACUUUAUAAUUCUGCCAGCCAGGACUGGGACCUUAUCGGGGAAUGGAUUGUUUUCACCUUACAUCAUUUCUCUGUUUGUUACGUAGACUGUCAAAAACCUUGAACCAUGCUGGUGCCCCACCCUUUAGACGAGCCCAUCUUUGUGUGAGUCUCCUUUGCUCGGGGCCCUUGAUGAGUGGAGGCAGUAGGCCCAGGGCUUGGGUUACAGUGGUGAAUGGUGUGGGGACGGGGAUGGCCGGGGGUGGGGCAGUACCGCAGAUCGGUAGAUGUUAAGGGUGCCUCUGGCCCAGGGCAGAAGUGGUCACGAUCUCAACCUGCACAGAACACUUCCAUUGUCACACUUAUUGAGCCAGGCUUGUCAUUUGGGCCUGGGCAUUGUUAUCAUGGACCGACCGAGACGGCUGUCCUGCACUCCUUGUUUUAUGAACGAGAAAGCAGAGACCUCACCCUCCGUGUCAUCCACUACGUCGACCACCGAAUGGUACAUUCCAGGCACUGGGUGUCUCAGCCUGGCAGUUUUGCUGUUUUGUGAAACUCUGUGAGACCUCCACAGGAUGGAGGCCGUAUUCCAAUGGAAUGUCUUCUGUCUUCUUCUCAAUCCUUCUCCGGAGUAAGAUGCAGCAGGACUCUUCUGUGUACCUGUAACAUCCACCACGCUGUCCGAAGGCAGCCUUCUGGAGCGAUGACGUGUCACACCAUCAUUACCAAAGGCUCCCUUCUUCUCCCACAGACUCUCUAACUAGCACAACUCCCAAGUGCGCCCUGAAGUGACUUCAGGCUUCUGUGGGGAGGUGUCGGUUCCCCCUGCCACUACUUGUAGAAGCUGCCCCCCCAUCCCCGGGUGCACAGCUUGUCCCAACGAGGACUGGUCCCUGUAAAUGCUCCAGUAGAUGAAGCAGUUAACUCAGUGGCUGAGUAGCUUUUAGCUAAUGUGUGACUCAGAUGAUUCUUUGCAGGGAGGCUUCUUUUCCUGUAGGGUGUUCAUUUCCUCACAUUCUCUAGGUGCUAAUCCAGGUACACGCACAGUCUCACUUUCCCACAAAUGUACAAAGAUUCUUACUGCUGUACACUGCUUUUGUAGAAUAAAAACAUGGACAUCGUCCUCUCA